AUGUCUCGUUCAUAUGGUAAACUGUUGGUUAUUAACAGUGUCUUGUCAUUUCUACUUGUAUUCAUUUUGACAGAAUUCUGUCAUGCCUUGCCAAAAAUCAGAGGUUUCAAACAACAAUCAAAUUCUAUUGUAAGACCUUGGUCACAAACGUUUGGAGAUUAUCGUUUCUCGAACUUGGUCAAUUUCACUCUAUCCCAUUCUGAUUGGUCAACUGAACUUGGUGGCUCAAUUGACGAAAACAGUGUAGCCUUUGCUUCUCUUACUAACAACAAGGAAGGUUACCUGUACAUGAUAAUUGACUAUCCAUAUACCAAUCUGAAUUCUACCUUCAUCAAAUUAGAUGCCACCAGUGGUAAAAUUGUCCAAACUUUAGUUAACAUUAUUCCACAAGAUUCUCAACCAGUCAUUAUAGAAAUUGCAGCACUUUUGGAUUCGAAUGGAAACUAUUACGUAAUUAGAAAAAGCAAAAACGAUCACAAUGGAGUACUUUUAAUGAAAAUAUCAACAAGUAAUUUCCAGGUGCUAACAAUUUCAAUUUCCACAAGUUUCUUCACUGGAAUGGUCAUUUCAGAAAGGAAUAAUUUGCUAAUUGUCCAUGGAAAUGAAUUCGUUUCUGCUUUCAAUUUGGAUACUUUGAAAACGGUAUGGACAACCCAAUUGAAAAAGGAUGAUACAAUCUCAGAGUCAACCAUUGUCCUCGUUGAGAAUGAAUUCAACGAUGGAAUUGACAUUGUGUACUGUUCUUUCAGAAGUUUCGUAUUCAGAAUUAGAGCAAGAGACGGAGCUGUAUUGUCAACAAUGGAUGUGCACGAUGACAGAUACUUUGUUGAGAUAUAUCUUUUGCAAAUUAGUUAUAGUGGAAUUCCUGGUUUAAUUGGAGUUCAGUUUGGUUCAUAUUUCAUGUCAAUUGAAACAACCACACAAACUUUAGGUCCUAGAACUAAAUUGGUAUCAUUAGAAUAUUGUAGUCCUCCAAUGUCCACACAAAUCAAGAGUGGAGAAUCAGAAUUCCAUUUUGAAACUGUUUUUACCUGUUCCAACAUUUCAUCUUACAUGCAAUGGACAUUUGGUUCCAAUUAUUUGUUAAAUUACAAAACUCUCGCUCAUCACCAGGGAAAUGGAAGAAUUGUAAUUGAAAAUCCCAAAUUGAAAUAUGAAUUGGAUGUUGGAAGAGGGCAGGAAUCUCAUCUUCUUCCAACAAAUUCAUUGGAUUCGUCUGGGUUGACUAUUUUGGUUGGAUCCAAUUCUCAAGAAUUUCCACAACCAUUCAAGUAUGAUCUUUCAAGAAAUGGCAUUUCAAAGGUUCAACUUUCGAAUAGGAAGAGUGGUGUUUUGAAUUCGAAAUUUUUGACCUAUACAGCAAGUAAUUCUAGAAUGUAUGUCUGUAACAAUAAUGAGAAGAAAAACUAUUGCUACUCAUCAUUGAUUCAACAAUAA